AUGGCUCCUCGUGGGUUCACGAACCCAGCACCAAAGACUGACUCCGCGCGAUCAGCACUGAGUUCCUUCACCUGCACACUUUGCAAUAAGUCCUACUCGCGCCAUCCCGAGUACGAAGCACAUAUUGGAUCCUAUGACCACCAACACCGCAAGCGCCUACGGGAUCUGAAACAGCUCUCGCGCGAUCCAAACGCGGCAGAAAGAGCUAAACAGGAUGCAAGGAAGGCAGACGAGGAAGCUGGAUUACGCGUUGUCGAUACGAAAGAGACAAGUGCGGGAACGAAGACGGGGACCGGUGGUGGCUUUAAGAAGGGGGGAUUCAAGAGCUCGUUCACCACCGUCAAGGGACCGGCUGCUCCGGCGCCUCCAGUGAAGAAAAAUGUGUUGGCUGAUGAUGACGAGGAUGAAAGUACAUCGGCAGAUGUGCGAGAUCGUGCCAGGUCAUCCCAGGUGAAGGAAGUGGAUGUCGAUGCGGAAAGUGAUACGGAUGAGGAGUAUUAUGACCCGAGAAGACCUACGGACUGUCCAGUUGGGUGCGCAGGUAUGAACGGAGUUACUGUUUCAUGA